AAUAGAGAAGCGGCCGAGAAAGCGGUAAAUGGACUUAGCAAGGAGACCCGUUGUUGCGGAGUGGCCGCUAUAGGCCUCAGUACUACGGAGGGUCAUCCCGAGCCGGCUGGGCUGAAGCGGACAGCCGCAGCUUCGCGUUGAUUAACAUUCCGCGCUUUAUUCAUCUAUCAGCUCGUGAACCUUCUUACGCCAUGAAAUCCUGUGGAUCGAUCUGAACGACUUUGCCGUCUGAAACCAUGGAAGACAAAGACGACCCUGUUACUACUUGCACUAGUGAGGCAGCCGCCCCGAAACCGACUGAUCUCCCCUUGACCGACACUAGACCUACUCUGGCCUGCGUCCCUGCAAGAAGAGUUCAUGGCCUUUCGACGCUUCAGUUGGCGAAAAAGUGAGCAAAUGACCGCUUGACUCAGCAAAAUGCUCGCGAGCGCCGACGCGUACUUAUCAAGUCUCUUGAAAUGAACUGCUCAAGGUGGAAAAUCAGAAAAUGCUUGACAGUGUCAAGACAAUCAUGGAUAUCCUUCUCGAAUCGGCCGGGAAGCCGUCAGAAUCCUGCGGCAUUUAAAGCCACGUGAUUUACCUUCGACUGGCAUGGAUGAUACUGAUUAAGGAUAGUGUCUGUAGAUGCAACAGUCAAGCCCUUCUCAAUGGAUAGCACUCGGUGGCAUCCCAUGCUCCGGACAACAAAGUCGUCAAACCCCGGAGACCGCACUCACUACACUCGUGAAAGCGAAAACCAUGUCCGACAGUACGACGAUGCCGCCUCAAACGCGAACCCAUUUCCCCAUGGUACAUCUGAACACCGACAUGAGGACACCCCUCCUGAGCUGGCCAGCUCCAGCAUUUACGAUUGUCGUCAGCAGGAUUGCGAAACAAUUUGUUGCCGCCUACUGUCAGCCACGUCAGGACCAUCAAGAAAUUUUUUAUCGAGUAUGCCACUACCAAGUCCUGGAAUGACACAUUCUGAGGCCAUGUUUGCUAUGCCAUUUAACCAUACUGCUCCGACGUGCGAUCUUAAUAUCAUAGUAUUGGAUUUCAUCAGUAAUCAUCGGGUUGGGGUGGUCAAACACAGUUUCAGGAAGAAGAGAGCGGAUUCUAGCUGUCUACAGAUCUCCUCGCUUCCCAACCCGGCGAAUGAGAGUAGCUUCCCUUCAAUCGCCAAGGUUUUUGAGAAGAUCCUGGGCUUCAUUCCGGGUGGCAAAUCAAAGACUACCGCUACCGGAACAGGGUGUAUUUUCCACGUGAAUUUCCUCUUUCUUCGACACCAGAUUCAUCCAAAUGAAGAAAACUAUAAUCGCCUGCCGAGUUGGCUGAUACCGAACCGCGUGGUCAUCUCUAGCCACUUUCUAUCUUUCGAUUCGUGGGUCUGUUCACCCGUGCACUGUCAGUGAACUGGCCAUAUGAAGCCACCGACUGUCUUCUCUGCCCACACGACCAUCAAUCCGGUAUUUGAGAGACACCUGAUGAAUUUGAUAACUGGACGUUGGCCAGGAGUUUGCUAAGACAUAUCCCAGCCUCGCCGAUGCUGCCAAAGUUCGAGGCAGCUGCUGACAUUGAGACUUCGCUCGCUUGGAUUAAACGACGCAGGAUUCUGGUUUACAUGGUGGCUUUCUAAUACAUCUCAUAUAAUCGGACCUAAUUGUGGAACAAGAACCUUAACAAAAUUCUAUGGCCUGCUUAAACGAGCCUUGGUCCAGUAAAGCUUCCGAGGGCUGAUCUUUUCCCAAGACUACAGGACAGUCUCCAAACAAGAUGAUCCCAGAACACAAAUUUUAGAGGCAAUAUGAUUCGCCUCAUCGCAUGUUUUUUCGAACGCAUUCGUCGGUGUGAGGAUUGUCGGGUAACUUGCGUCUGCGGCUUUAAUCCAAUGCAGCCGAGAAAAGUUGUGGAUAAUGGGGUGUGCAGAUUCCUCAUGCGUUUGCUGGUGCAUAUGGAGCCUUUUGAACAGGGUCAAAGUCUCCUUUCAUACUGUAGUUAGAACCUUGGCCACAUCGUAAAGUGAAGCGAUACAUACUGAAUUAUAAAUUUGAAAAGGGUUGAUAUUAGUACUUCACUUUCAAUAUCUAAAGGAGAAAAGC